ACUGGGAGGCGAUCUGAAGCUGCGAGAGGCGGGGAUAGUGUUGCUCCUUCUGGUAGUGUGUCACGACCUUGACGCCUCCUAGCGCCGAUAAAACAGCCUCGGGAAGCGAGUGGAGAGGCGGAUUUGCGGCUGUAGUCACAGGGAAGGGUGCUCGCCUCUUGGCUCACCUCCCCCCCCCCCCCACCCCUCUAUACGUUCCCCGGUCCUGUCCUGGAGACCAGCUUCAACUCCACUAUGUUGUUUUGGCAUUCACAGCCCGAACAUUUCCCCCAUCACCAACAACAACAGCCGGGAAGCAGUUACCUCCGUGAUGUCCUGACAUUUCCAGUUUUUAAACAUGAGGAAUCAAAUCUGUCUCCAGGAAAUGGUGCUAAACUACUUCCAUUCCAGUACGUGCUCUGUGCAGCCACAUCUCCUGCUGUCAAGCUCCAUGAAGAAACACUGACUUACCUCAACCAAGGUCAGUCUUAUGAAAUUCGUAUGUUUGACAACAGAAAACCUAGAGAUUGCCAGGAAAUAGUUGACAAGUAUAUAAAGAGCAUUAUCCGUGUGGUUUUCCAUGAUCGCCGCUUGCAGUAUACGGAGCACCAGCAGCUGGAGGGCUGGAGAUGGAGUCGUCCAGGAGACCGCAUUCUAGAUAUAGACAUACCUCUGUCAGUUGGUAUUGUGGAUCCUCGAGCAAAUCCGACACAACUAAACACCAUUGAAUUUCUUUGGGAUCCUACCAAAAGGACUUCUGUAUUUGUUCAGGUUCACUGUAUCAGUACGGAGUUCACUCCCAGGAAGCAUGGUGGAGAGAAGGGAGUUCCAUUCCGCAUUCAGAUUGACACGUUUAAACAAAAUGAGAGUGGGGACUAUACCGAACACUUGCAUUCUGCAAGUUGCCAGAUCAAAGUGUUCAAGCCAAAGGGAGCAGAUCGAAAACAGAAAACCGACCGUGAAAAGAUAGAAAAGCGAACAGUGAAAGAAAGAGAAAAAUACCAACAUUCACACGACACAACAAUCCUCACUGAGUGCUCUCCUUGGCCUGAUGUCUCAUACGUUAGUAGCACUCCCUCCAUAGGUUACCACAGCUUGCCUGUCAGCUAUAGUGUCAGUGAAGGAAAUUGGACAGCAACAAGCCCAGAGGAGCCACUGUCUCUGAGCAUUGAUUACCUGUUGCCGACAGCCUCGAGCCAGGAGGCACAGCAGUGGCUGCACAGAAACCGCUUCUCAGCAUUCUGCCAAUUAUUUUUCAAUUUUUCAGGUGCAGACUUGUUGAAAAUGUCUAAAGAAGAUUUGAUCCAGAUUUGUGGUCCAGCAGAUGGAAUCAGACUUUUUAAUGCAAUUAAAGGAAGAAAUGUGUAUCCAAAACUGACUAUCUACAUGUGUCAGGAGCCUGAAAAUAAUCGCGAUAAUCAUCAACAAAAACAAGACACCAUCGGGGGAAUUAGCCCUUCAUGCGUAUACCAUGCAAUCUUUUUGGAAGAGCUGACAGCGAUAGAAUUAACUGAGAAAAUAGCAAAUCUGUACAGCAUUUCUCCGCAGCAGAUUAACCAGAUCUACAGACAGGGACCCUGUGGGAUCCACGUGCUUGUCAGUGAUGAGAUGGUUAAGAAUUUCCGUGAUGAGACUUGUUUUGUCAUCUGCACCUUGAAAGCUGAGAGAAAUGAUGGGUACAACAUCAUCUUAAAAUGACAAAAGCUGCACCUGAUUCCCCAACAUCAGGAGGAAGAUUUGACUGCUUCCAUAUUGUUUGACUGUUGUCAUCAUUGUCAAACAUGAACAUCUGAUUAUCAGGCAAAAGAUGAAUUGCCCACGCAGUUGAAACUGAAUUUUUCUAAUGGCUUUGAGAAAACAAAGUUUUUUUUUUCUUUUUCAGAGUGAAUACUAUAUUUGGGAAAGGAUGGAAAAAGGGGAUGAUGAUGUAAUUCUUUUUUUGGCAUUAUUUUGCCCAGUUCCCCAAUAAGGGGUGCUAUGCUUUAUACAAGGCAAGAUGACAAAAUUUUUUGCUUUAUUCUGCACACAAUAUGGUGCACAAUUUUAUUUUUGAUUCUUGGUUAUUUCCUAAUAAGUGGAGUGACUUAAAAAUCAUGUUUUCCUCCUCUUAGUUGCUUAGUACUUAGUCAUGAUGAAAGCUAGCUGCAAUUUUUAGGCAGAUUAAAAAUUGACAAAAUCAUUCCAAAAGCAAAGAGCUAAAUUGCCAUAAAGCUUCCCAUAUCAGUGAAAUGAAAUUUGGCUUAUCCAGUGACUUUGAUAAUGAAAUGGUUUGUUUGCAUUUGUAGUUUCAUUUGUAAAGGAUUGCAAUUGUAAAAAAGUUGCUUCCUGGGGAGUAAACAGUGGGAUUAAUUUGUCACACUCAUGGUCCUUAAUCUUGAAAUGCUUAUGUUCUGCAAUGUUCAGACUUUGUCUUGGUUUAAGGACCCAAGCUAAGGUUUGAGUUGUCCAAAGUUUUCUUACACAGGUCAUAUCUAUCUGUUCCAAGUCAUCCUCAUGAAGAUGUUUGUGAAUGUGCUGUGACUCUUUACUGGGACUGGUGCUCUUAAGAAUUUUCUAAUUUGAAGCUAUGAUCACAGUCAAGUACUGACAAUCCAUUUCCUUUACUUGGUGCUACAGUGGGGAAGGAGGUGGGGAGGGUAAGAGAGAUAGCCAGGCAACUAACCUUUAGGAUGGAUGAAGAAUAUAUUAUUUUCCUUUAUUAAUCAGACCAUUCCAUGUUCAAGAGCAUUCUUAGGUUUUAUUAGAUAAAAGAAAUCAUUAAAGAAAAAGCGUGAACAAACAUAGACUAUAUUUUAAGGUUGGGGAGAAAGCAGUGAUAUCUCAAAAGCUGAAGAGUUAUGAUCAUAUAUUUUUAGUUGUUCAUGGGACAUGAGCUUUGCCCUUUCCUAAUCCAAGAAAUUGAUGAUGAGUCAUCUUGAACUGCUAUAGUUCUUAUGGUGGAGCUGCACUCUGUGCUAAUAGAGGAGGAGCAGCCAAGUAAAUAAACCUGCUUUUUGCAUCCUGACAUAUUUUCUGUUCAAUGUUUGAAGCUAGUUCCACAUUGGAUUCUUUUGGAUUUGGAAAAACUGAUGCAUGAAGUUGUUCAUUAUUCAAAGACAAGGGCAUUAAUGACUACCUAGAGCUUGCUGUAUGUCACAGGCAUUCUCUCUCAAUGGGAUUCUUCAAUUAACAGUGUGUACUUAAUUGAAACUUAUUUGCAAAAUUGUUGGUUCCAAAUUGUUAUUGUUUACACAACUGCUACUCAAUUGGUAAAUCACCCGGGGGGACAAGUUGUUAUUGCAUUUUAAUCAAAAUAAAUAGACCUGAUAUAAGUUUACAACAUUUUCAGCCCCUUUCUUUUGCUGGAAAUUCUGCUGCAGUUGUUGAGAUAUAUUAAACUGAGUUCAAUUACUUACCUUUAUACAUUAUCAUAUGCAGAGGAAUCCCCCACCCUCUCCAACCCUUCCAUUGUCUCUGCUUCAUGCUGAUAGACCAGCAAUGAGUGAUUUGCUGGCAAGUUUAGUCCUAGCUUAUGGUGGGUGGGUAAGACUGUUCUCAUAUCUUGGCUGCAUUGAGCAACUUGAGGUGUGGAAAACUGGAAGAUAGGGAAAGUGGGGGAGGAAGGAGAAGAAUAAUCUAGUUGGCCAUACCAAGGCAUUUUGUUUUCAAAAUAAAACUGACAAAUUGAACCAGAGGGCUGGUUUCUACCAGAUUGCCUACAGCAGAGAGUAGCACAGUGGUUAGUACUGCUGCCUCACAACACCAAGGACCUGGGUUUGAUUCCAGCCUUGGGUGACUGUGUGUGUGGAGUUUGCAUGUUCUCCCCGUGUUUGCAUGGGUUUCCUCCCACAAUUCAGAGAUGUGCAGAUGAAGUGGAUUAGCCAUGCUAAAUCGUACGUUGUGUCCAGGGAUGUGUAGGUUAGGGGGAUUAGCCACGGAAAACGCAGGGUUAGGGGGAUGGUUUGGAGGUGCGUGGGAUGCUCCUUAGAGGUUGGGUGCAGACGUGAUGGGCCAAAUGGCCUCUUUCUGCACUGUCAGGAUUCUAUGAUCUAUAUUAGUUCUGAUACUAGCCCUCAGGCGGGAGACCUUGAAUUUCUGAAGUUCCCGACCUAUCAGUUAAACUAAGUGAACCCACAUAUCAGGAUUCAAAUUAUCUGAAUUUCCAUGAAACCAGAAAUUUCCAAUGAAUCAUGAGCCAUCAGAUUGGCAUAUGAAUUUCUUCAUUUCAUGAUUUUAGGACGCAAUUUUCCCAUGGUUCAGAGCAAUUGUGGGAAAUAAUUGAGCGACUUAGCUCCAGAGAGUUACUCACCCUUUUCUCAGCACCUCCGUGAUUAAAUGGCGGCUGAGAAGGUCCAGUGGGGACUUUCUUGACCUAUCAGCUGUUAAAGCCUUUAAAUGGUCAAUUAAGGGCUGUGUAAGGCCCUUGAUUCCUCACCUCCCGAUUACCUGCCUUUCCAGUGUAUGCUGAUUUUCUGUCUGGAAACCUGCUAGUGUGGUUUGGGGUCUCCAUUUGCCCCAAUUUGGGUGCUUUUGGAAGCACCAGUGCAGGGUGGUGCUAGAGAGUGGUGUCUGAAAGCCACCGUCCUGCUCUUGCCUCUGGCAAACGCCUCUCAAUAAGCCCCACCCCAUGAGAAGCAAAAGAAAAUGAUCUGCCUUCUGGCCUUUGGAUCCCUGAAAUGUAGGCCUCAACCAGUGUUCUGAUUAACCUGGACACCGAUGCUGUGGCCUGUGAUAAGCUGAGAAGCUUGCCUAAGUUUGUCAGUCCGCUCUUAAGCGGAUUGACGCACAAUCUGGCAAACUUACUCAGCGUUUGAACUGAUGGGUUAGCGAACAUCUAACAUGGCCUUGCUCACACUUAGCCUGAAAAAGGGAAAGUUGUGGCAUUAAUUUCUAAUGACGACUUUGCAGGAUUACCCCCCUUUACUGUAGUAAGUAUAGUAUUGAAACUUGCUGAUUGAAGGGUUAGGUUUGACAGACAUGGCAGGAAUGUUGUGUUUGAUAAUGAAUGUUGACCCACUCUGUUCAAUCAUCCAUGAUGCAGGCAACUAACAAUGCAUCAGGUAUGGGAAACACCUUUUUGAAUGUAUUUAAUCCCUUCACGAGGGAGCUGUGCCUACCUGCAGUGGCAGGGAAAUUCUAAUGGACCCAGCCAUGGAAAAUGUGGCUAGAUAGAACUUAAAUAUCAUAAAUUUGGUUCCGAAAAGCCGACACAAGUUUAGAUUUAGUGAAAGGCAUUGAGGUGUCAAAUCCUCACGUGGCAAUAAAUUACAUGCAGUUCUGUAGCAAAUUGCCUAUUUAUAGAAAAUCUGUAGGAUUUACUUCAUCGAUCUGCUUUUCUGUUGAGCAAUGAACAUGCAUUGUCAUUAACUCUGCAUUUUAGAACACUGUCUCACAGUAGUUUAGGGCAUAACCAUUAUACUGAAUGAAUUUAAUGCAGUGACGUUUCAGGCAAAUUUCCAGCUUGUUGUCUCUUUAUGUGUUUAGUUUUAAACAGAAAAUGCAGCAAGUCCUGUGCAGAUCUGGCAGCACUGAGAGAGAAACAGAUUUAACAGAUUACGUCAGUGGGUGGGACAGGAAGGUGUGUGAUACAGUGGAAGACAAGAGAGAUUAAGUGGUGGAAGAAUUAGUUUUACAGGACCAAAGGGAAUGCUGACGAGGUACAGAACAGAACAAAAGAUGUCCCUAGAGCAGGUGUGCUGCUGCCUGAAAGCAAAAAUAAGAAGAAAAAAUAGAUUCACGAAAGAAAAGGAAAAUGGGGCCAGAGAUCUUAGUUUGAAAUUCUUAAACUCAAGUGUUGAGUCUGGUAAGUUGUGAAGUGCUUCAAUGGAUGACGCAGAAUCACCCUAUAAUAUACGUCUGUCUUAGGGCUCUUGUUAUGCAGUGAUAGCAUCCUUACCUCUAGACCAGGAGACCCCAGGACCAAGUUUUCCACCUGUCCCACUGGUAGAAAGGUUGAUUAGGAAAUGUAUGGACUUUUGUCUCUGUCUUUGUCCUUGUCCCAUCCAUCAAUUGUUCAAAACCUAUUAUGCAUCCAUCGCUUCCCAGUUCUGAUGAAAGGGCAUUGAUCUGAAACAUUUCUUGUUGUUUUUAUUCAGAUUUCCAGCAUCCGCAGUAUUUUGCAUUUUGAUUAGUGUAUUUUUUUGAGUUAGUUAUGUGCUUUCUAUAAACUCUGAAGUACUAUUUUAUGUGCCUUAGAAAUGUUUUUGUACUCCUACCAAUUAUGUGUAGCUAAUGGUAUAUUGUCUUAGUGUUGGGCAAGAUUGGCACAGUUAAUUUUUUUUCAACCGGCUCUCUGGGUUUUCUCUUACACUUUUGUUGCAGUCAAUGGGUGAAUAUACACAUUGCUAUAUAAACUCGGCAGGAUUGUGGAGAUAACACUGGGGGAGGUUGGUUGGAAAAUAUUGAAUGUCAUUACUUUUUUUUUAAUGUAGAAGCAUGUUUUGCACUGGUUUCUGUACACUUCAGCUCAGAAAUGGAAUGUAUUCUGUACCUGCAGCCCUGUACACUGGCCAACUUAAUAAAUCUACCUUUUAUAACAACA